UUCCGUGUGCACCUUUUAUAAACUUAUUACAUUCGUCGUCUUUACAGAAAUCAAGAGUUUGAAUAAUGAAUAAAGAUGGUAAAAGUGUGUGAGGUAUUUGGGUGUACAACAAUCGAAAAAGAAAGACUAUCUAUGCAAAAAUUUCCUAAGAAUGUGGAACAUCGAAAUGCGUGGGUAGCUUGGAUUAACCGUUCCGGGUGGAGUCUGAAAUGUAAUAGCAGAGUUUGUGAAAUAUUUUAUAAGAUUCAUAAAAUAUUGAAACAUGCCUUCAGAUGUGUGAAUGUUUAUCACGUAUUGUCUAUUUUGUUGCAGUUGCACUUUGUUCCUGAGGACUAUGUGGAGCACACAAGAGGAAAUGGAAUUCAUCGAAGGCUGAAAACAUCUGCUAUUCCCUCAUUGCAAAUAGAGGAAAUUCAAGACAGUGAAAAUCAUUGUAAUCCAAAAAUUAUACGAAGAUUUCGACAAACCGCACAAUGUUUGAAGGAUAUAACAAAUAUCCCUAUUAUAGGUAAAGAAAAAGAGAAUGAGUAUGCAUACUGCUUGAAAAUAUUAACUUGUGAUGAAGUACAGGACUGUUUAGAAGUAGGAAAUACUCAUAAAGGUGAGGAAUUACGGCUGAGUAUAAGAUGGUUGAAAGAUGAACAUAGUGAUGUCACACAUGCAAUGAAAACCAUCGAUAAUGAAUCUGCAUCUUGUUCAACGCCAUCAACCAAACAUCCAUUGUUGACGAGUAGACAAACUGCAUCAUCGGCUUUAUUGCAAGAGGACAUGACAGUAUCAGUGGCACAAAAAAUUUCCGACAAUGAUUGCAAUAAUCAGUUGGGUGCAAUCACUGCUGAUAUACUGGACAACCAAGAAACUUUGCAAACAAAAGAAGCAUUAUUAAAAGAACUUGAAAAAAAGAAUAAUAUAAUAGAAAGUCUAAAAAAACAAAUUGCUGCAACGGAUCUCAGUUUGCAAAAUAUUACAAAACUGUAUAAAGUGACUAAAAAAAAUUACUUCGAUGAAAAGAAACGUUUAAAGAGACUAUAAGAAUAUCAUUUUAAAAGCCAUGCAGGUGUGUCCGCAACAUUACGACCAGAUCAGAUUAGAGCGUUAAGUAGAAAGUCCACUAAUGAUGUGAAAUGGAGUCUUGCAACUAUAACAGAUGCUUUGGAAUUUAAGUUUAAAUGGGGAAUUCAUGGUUAUGAAGCUUUUGUGAAACGUGUUCCGAUUUAUCCUACUGCACGAAAUUUGCAGAGAAAGUUGCAGCAUAUACAAUUUGAUAGUAAUAUUCUAGAGGAGAUAUUUUAUAUGCUGCAAUGUGAAAUGACAAAAUUACAACCUUACGAAAAAGACUGUGUAAUAGUAAUGGAUGAGAUGGCCAUCAAGGAUGAGAAGGUGUUUGAUCCAAGUAGUAAACAGUUUAUUGGGUCUUGUACUUUUCCUACGCAUUCCGGAAUAGCCAAUAAAAUUUUAGUAUUUCUACUUUAGGUAGGCUUAACAACUCGUUGGAAAUCCACCGUGGCCUAUUACUUUACUAAAUCCACUGACUUAAAAUAUAAGGAAAGCAAUGUAAAUGCAACUGGUUCAGCAUUGAAGAAUAUUGUUCUAAACAUUAUUGAGAAAUCAGAAAACAUUGGUUUACAAGUUCAUGCAAUAGUCAGUGAUAUGGGUACGGAUAAUAGAGCUAUGUGGAAUGCUUUUGAAGUCGGUUGCUCAAGACAUCAUGUCAAUGUUUCUGUUCAACAUCCAAUUAGGGCAGAAGAUAAACUGUUUUUUAUUCCAGACCCUGUUCCCGUUUUUAAAAAUAUUGCUUGUAUGCUAAAUAGCCAUAAAGUUAUUAUUUUGCCCCAUGACAUUUGUCAAUCCGAAAAUCUUAGCUAUCUACAGGUUCACUUGCAACAUUUGGAUAGACUUCUAAACCAUGAGAACAAUUUUGAAUUAAAGAUUGCCUUUAGACUUAUUGAAACUUACUUGCACUGUCAAGAUCAAUAUAAAAAAAUGAAAGUUUCAACUGCACGAUCAGUUUUUAAUAAAAGAACUGAAGCCGCAUUGAAAAUGUUAGCCAAAAGAAUGAAUGAUUCUGCUAUUGAAACUACAGCAUUUUUUAUUAAUCUCGUUAGCCAAUGGUUUGCUCCUAUGUCAAACAGAAGCAGAUAUUUAGGUCUCAGUAAAAAUAAUAUUGAAAAUUAUAACGAAGCAAUAUAUCACCUUAAAAAGACUCGUACUAUUUUCCAAAACAUGAGUAUUGGGGUAAAAGGACAGUGGAAACCAGUGCAGACUGGUGUCAUUAUGGCCAUUGAGAGCAUUCUGCAACUACAAGAUUUUCUUCUUAACAAACGGGGUUACAAAUUUGUUCUGACCGGCCGCUUCACACAGGAUUGCUUAGAAAAUUUAUUUUUGCUGCUCCGUUUUAAAUUGCCUACCCCGAAUGCUUUGCAAGUGAAGCAAAAUUUGAAACUCAUUAUUAUGACACAAAUUUCCUCUUACUCCAAAGUAAUCAGUUAUGACACUGACAUUUCAGUGGAUGAGCUCGAAAGUAUUAAUAUAAAUUUCUUAGACGUGUCAAAACAAUUGACAACUGAAAAAUGCCACAAAAGAAGGUUGAAACAUUCAUGGAAGCUUCAGCUAUUCAUGUACCAGAACUGACAGAUGUUCAUUUAAACUUGUUAGAUAAGUAGGAAUGGCCAAUCAUAUAUGAUAUCGCUGGAGCUGUGAUACGUAGCAUUAAGAAAGUGUGCAAUACUUGUGAUGUAUGUUUUAAUGCUGUAUUAUGGCAAGGUCCUAAUAAUCAUCCAUAUGGAUUUGUUAUUGAUUUACAUGAUUAUAAGGAUGGUAAAUUAUAUAAAGUGUCUGACGAUUGUUUCAAAGCUAUGAAAGCAGAAAUAACGUUUCGACAACUUAGAAACACUCUAAAAACAGUAACUUAUAUAAACAUCAGAAACUUUAUGGUUGAGAAACUGCAAUACGUGUGGGAUGGAACAUAUAUUCCAUCUUGCCAUAACAUCGGUCACAAAAUCCUAACUAGAUUUUUUACAAUGAGAUUAAGAAUGUAUUGUUUGAAACAAAAGGAGCAGUAUUCCAAAGAAAAAAAAAGCAUAUA